AAUUCAUCUCUGAUCAGUUACGAAAUUAAUAAAUUACGGUUCGUCUAACUGAAUGAGGUUGUCGGUGGCCUGCAAGGUACAGUAUUCUUUAGAGAUCGACGAAUGAAAGAGUUUUAAAGUUCUUAGAAGCUCUUAGAGCAGUAUAUAACCAAAUAUUUUUAGUUCACGUUCGCUUAUUAAAUUCCAAUUGCAUAGGUUCACGAUGCAAUUUCAGCGUAUUACGUUCGAACCUUACACCGCUUCCUGUCUUAGAAACACCCUAGAGAGUCGAAUAAAAUAUGAAUAACGGUCUUGCGGCUGAUCCACGCCAGAUUGAACGCGUUAACGUCCACAGGUCCAAACGAAACUGGACGCCAAAGAUAAUAAUAUUCACUCGAGGUAUGGAGCGCAAGGUAGAUCAGUAUUUCCUUUCCAGACGAACUGGAGAAAAUGAAUCGCGGGAGUCCACGUUCACUCCUGCUCAAAGAAAGGAAACAAAAAAAAAAAAAAAAAAAAAAAAAAAAAAAAGUUCGAAGAGUGAAAAGAGAAAGAAAGAAAGGUUAAAUUAGCCGAUUCGAAUUUUCUCUAUCAAUUGUGUACAUGUGUUUAUUACUCUUAUAUUGACUCAAUGAUGUUAUUCUGUGGUGCUUUGCAUGUCUCUAUUGGACUCUGCAUGUCAUAUAGGGCAUCGAAAAGAAGGACGGACCGGUGUAUAAGUUUUACGAGACCAUACGAGAUUUCGGCGGGGAGAUCAUGAGCACCAUCAGCCAUCUUCGUGACGUGACGCUGUUCGCGCCUAGCAACGCGGCCCUCGAGGAACCCGGCGUGCAGAAGAUCCUUCAGAACAAGGAACGCGUCAAGGAGAUCCUGAAUCUUCACUACGUGAAGGAACGUUUGCCACUCGAUAAGAUCAAGAACAAGAGCGUCAGCCAGAAAUCCUUGACCGGGAAGCCACAAUUUGGGGUCCCUACGGCAGCAGAUAGAAAGAAGCUGUACUUCAACGUGCUUCAAGAACCGAGCGGAAACCAGAUAGUGACCGUGGAAGGUGGUGGCGUGAACGCGACAGUGGUCACCGCAAAUAUCGCCGCUACCAAUGGACUGAUUCACAUCAUCGACAGAGUUCUUGGUGUCCCGUAUACCACUGUCCUAGAUAAACUCAGAACCGACCCUAUGCUCAAUUCCACCUACUAUCUUGGACAACGGCAGGGAUUCAACGAUCAGUUGAACGACACGACGACGCGUUUCACUUAUUUCGCACCGCGCGAUUAUGCUUGGAACGUGGCUGCCGUCAGUUACCCAUCCACUUCGAAAAAAAUCUUCAUGCCCGAGUUCAGCUAUCACACGAAACAAAUCUUGGAACGACACCUCGUGAUAGCAGACGAGGCGUACACGAUGGCGAAGCUGAAGGAGAUGAAGCACAACGACACGAUCGUUCUUCCCGCGGCCAGGGACAGCCUGAAGCUUCGUGUCCGGGAGUACAGCGAAAAUGAGAAGUACGACGAAAACAUGAUCCGACCAGAAACUUUCGGUUACCAGAUCGAGUGGGAGGGCAACUGGAUUCGAGUGUUCCGCCCGGACGUCGAGUGCACCAACGGCAUCAUCCACGUGAUCGACGCGGUGUUGCUGAAGGACAGCGACGUGAGGGUGACCGGUGCCGCGUCGGUCACCAGCCUGGCAUCGCACUUGAUCAUAAUCCUGGUGGCCAAGUGGCUGCUUUAAGGACGAGUCUCCACCGCGAGUCUCUGUCAUAGGUGCACCUAGGAAUUUAUUUCGGGACCGUCUCCGAUCGUCCUCGUUCGAGAAACACGUGCAGUCCACGAGAUUUCGGAUCUCGGAUCUCGUCGUCGCGAGGAAAUCGUCGAACGUCGACGAUCGUCUGUCCUUGUUCCGACUCUGUUCUCGAACGUUCGAAGGGAUCAGAGCGUGGUCCGCGAUCUCCCGAAGUGCAAGCUGCGCGAACUGUGGGUUCGUUGCUUUCGUCUCGCUUUUGAAAAAAAAGAAAAGAAAAAAAGAAAAAAAGAAAAGGGAAGGAAAGAGAAUAAAUGCUCCCCUAAAUGUGCUCCCUGAAGCGAAGAAACCGAGGCACGACGGAUCGGGGACGAUCCUGAAUGAGAGAGCGACUUCGUGUUGUGACUCUUGGCCUGAUCCACGCGAGAGGAUUUACCGUGAUUUCCGUUUCGAUCAGCCAAGAGCCUAACCGACCGAUUAACAAACGUGGACGAAGCUUAAAACGGGAAACGUACUAUUUAGCAGUUUCAAAGUCGAAUUACCGUCGUCAGUAACGGUUCGCUACAGAACGUGCAGGUGUUAUUACGGUGUAACGAUAGAGAUUCGAUAUUGAUUUGAAGUUUUAUCGUGUCGAUAGGAAUCGUCUCGCGAGGAUCUUCGAUGAAAUAAAUAAAUCUCAUCGACGAGACAAAGAGGAAGAUGAGAAAACGGCGAUCGCGCGAAUUAGAGAGUACGUCGCUGGUCGUACCAAAUGAUUAAUUAACCGUACCAACUGAGUAAGUAAUUUAGAAGAAGACGAGAAAAAGAGAACUUUACGAACGAGAGAGAACGAACGUGGAGGUGGAGCAGAGAUUUCGGGGAACCUUCUUCGAGUACGAGGGCAACGAGGGUUGGCGGAGUUCUUUUUUUUUCUUUUUUUUCUUUAGAGCAAUUCUAUUCAAUUUCUCGUCACGCCGACAGAGAGUAGCACGUUUCUUUCGACUUUGUCUUAGCUUUUUUCCUCGAUUCAAGCUUUACUGACUUUCGUGUAAAUUAUACACGACUGAUUUUACCUAAUGCUGGCGUUCCUCUUUUCUGAACGACCUAGGAUUACACGACCAUACGAAAGUUCCACUGUCGAACUAUCGAACAUUCAACCUUUGUCCUUUCUAUACAGAUAUAUUUUAGAUGAACACGCAGGUGCAUAGGUGACACUUGUCUAACGUGUCCCGCGUUUAACGUCAGUUCGGAUCGAACGCCGUCGAUCAUUCAGGCCAUAAGAACCUCUUUUUUCGUACGAACUAACGUCUCGCCUAAUUAUGGUACUUCAAUUUCAUUGACAAUGAUACGCUAUAGUUCUGUGUGUAUGUAUGUAUGAGCGUCAUUUCUCUUGGCGUAUAAAUUGCGCGCCGAGGUAUACGAGUCGCCAUCUUGCCGAUAUCUCUCGAAGAAUCGAGUGAAAACUGGCUCGAUAAGAAUGAUAUUAUCUACACGCACGGUCCUUAUUGAUGCUAUAUUGGGAAACUGUAUACUCUAAUUAAUAAAAAUGUAAUUUGAGUUACUGAAGUAUAAUUUUUCUCGAAUUGAUAAACGUCAUUGAUCGUAAUUCUUUAAGCUACUUCAAGUAUAGCAGAAUUUUCAUUCAAUUUAGACAUCGAUUUUCCGAGAGGAUGAUCAAGUUGAUUGAUUGUAUGUCGUAUGGUUAUCGAAUAAUUUCCAAAACGAAUGACAAUUUUUUACAAAAAUAGUUUGCAACAGUAAAAAAAAAUUAGACUAUUUAAAUGACGAAUUGUAGUCUCUCAAAAAUACAAAAUUGUGUCUCAAUAAAUGGAAUGCCGCUAUAAAUUUAAACCAAUUUGUUAGGUGAGUCUUUCCACAUUGAGAAGUGACUAGACAACCCAAGAGACAGAGUUAUCCUCCCUGAAAAAUAUUUAAAUGAGAAACAAGAAUGCAGUAUCCCACUAUAGUAGUCUAUCGGGUCUAAAAAAUUCUCUUAAACUGAAGGAACGAAAUUUUUCAAACGAUCAAUCGACAUCGUUGCCCUUCGACGCGCUGUUUCGCGCUUUGGACGUGACUUCCAAUUACACUUGCUCUCUCUGUAUCAUAUCGUAUUACACUGUCUACUUACUGAUAAUACUGCCACGUCUCAUUGCAAGCCGAAUCGUGCUUGCGAGCGAGUUUUUGUACAAUUAUCGUUGAAAGAAGCGGGAGCUUUACCCAGUAGAAGUGAUUCGAUCACAUUCCGACGUUGUGCAGACUGUUUGAACGAAUUUCCGCCAUUUUUGAGGUACUUUCAAAACAGAAGUUUCUUUCUUGGUUUGAAACGUUCGCUGUUACCACGAUUAUUUUACUUGUUGUAAAAUUUUAAUUGCAAAUAUGUGUAUUGGCACGACUGUCAUCGUGUUUCUAAAUUUGCAAUUUUUUUUUCUUUAUACAAAGAUUGAAAGAGACUGGAGAGAUGGGUCUUGAAGUGAAAAUAAUUGUUUUAACAGCAAUAAAUGUAUUAAUAUAUCGUGUUUGAACUGACUAAUUAAUGUAUUAAUGUCUCGUGUUUGAACUGACUAGUUAAUUAUAAAUUCAAGUGAAAAACUGUGGUCCUUUUGUUGUGCUUCGCUAUUGUGGUAUCAAAGUCUGAAACGAAAGCAAUCCUGUUUGAACUAUUCCAACGAGUAAUAAAUGUACAAAACUCUGAAACGAAAAUAGAAAUAAUAAGUACGAUACUUAAGUAUGAAUUUUCAUCCAUGCUGCAAUUAUAAUUGAUUUUUUUCAAGUUGCAAGAUUGGGGAUGAAAUGGAAAAUAUGGGAUACAAGUAAAUUUAUAAGUGAUUGCAAACACUGUUACAAGAAAAUUGUACGAGAGAAGCUUUUGUCUUGCAAUUUUCCUCUUUCACUCGGAUACUCGUUCAAGCAGUCUACACAACACGUAAAAUACUCAUUCAGGAACUUUUUGUUUUUUUCUUUUUUAUCGACUGUACAGUGCUAUAUAAAAUAUAUCUAUACAUAUACAUUAUAUAGGAUCAUCUGUGUCAAUGCACCGUGUCACAAUCGAGAUUAUUCCCCGGAUUUGUAUAUUUUGUUUCGACUUUCGCUGUUCAGUUUGAUCUUUCGCUGUCUCGCAUCCUCCACUCUUUGACAACAGUCUCUAAUAACCAAUUACAAUUUAGCGAGUAAUUCUACUAACAAAUUAAAUAAUAUCUAUAUACAUACGCAGUAGCGAGGGAUUGAACUGCAACCACGUUAUCCAAAACCAGAGGAAAAAAACCCGAAAGCAAAUGACACAUCACAGUUCCAUUCCACCAUUAGUAAGAGCUUAGCUAGGUGUGUAGAAGUAAUUACAAGAAUCGCGCGUGUCUGUUAAAACGGAGAAUAGGUACAACAUGAGCUAUGAGAACCAUUAGAGACCAGAUAGAAGAACCUGAGUAUUCGAGGGUGAACAAAAAAAAACGCCUCGAAAUUACAUUUAUCCUCCUGCAGGAUAAAAUAGAAAAGGGGGGAGGGGAGGGGGGGGGGAACAGACGAGUAGAAAAUAGCGAAAGAGUCGUUCAGCAAUCGAAACGCCGAAACUAAAGAAAACGAGGGGGAGCGAUGAACGAUCGGAUCGGUCGGGUUGUUCCGGUUGUUUUGCGCGCGUUAGUUACAAAAAAGGAAGGAAACAUGAGAAAGAAACAGAAAGAGGACGAAAUAUAAAAGACUUGUAAUUAAGAGAUUCAUUCAGCAACCCCGCACUUUUCUCCGCGAAAAAAAAAAAAAAAAUGGAAUAAUGGGAAAAAG